AUGGCAGCUGAGAAAAAGCUGUUGAUGACGUCGUACACUCGCAUGAUUGACUCUAUUGAGUCACGUGCUGAAAAAUUAUUAAUUUUUGUGCGUUCUUUUGAUACCGAGAAACAAGAUAAAUUACUUCUCGAAGAUAAACUAGAUACGGUUGAAGCUAUGCGUUCUUUAUUUCAUGAGACUGAGGUUAAGUUGUACGGCGUGAUUAAGGAAGAUGAGGUGCAAUCUUGGCAGAUGACUAGUGAGAAGUUAGAAGAUAUGUUUGAUGAAAUUCGGCAUCGUAUUCGUAGCACGUUGCGGGAAUGUAACCAACCUAAGCCCGUAAGUGCCCAAGUCGCGGUUGCUCUUACACAGCAAACACAGUCGAAACUGCCAGAAAUUCCCCUCCCUCGUUUCAAUGGCCAGUUAGAGGAUUGGAUCUCCUUCAAGGGUCAGUUCAAUUCACUUGUUAAACGCCGAGAAGGUCUUUCGGAGAGUGAAAAGUUGUUUUAUCUAAAGGUCGCUAUUCAAGAUGGCGCAGCUCGCCAUGUUCAAUCUGCUGAAGACACGUUUUCGUCUCUCUGGAGAGCUCUUUGCGGUGAAUUUGAGAAAAAAAGGCUUCUCGUUGAUAAGCACAUUGCCCAGUUGUUCCAUGUAAAGCCAGUAUUUCGUGAAUCAGGGUCAGCGUUGCGAUCGUUGAUUAAUGACGUGUCUCGUAAUCUUCGUGCAUUGAGCAAUCUUGAAUUAAAACUUGGACCUUUGUCUGAACAAUUUGUAGUACAUUUGAUCUGUUCUCGCCUUGAUUCUCGUACCAGAAAGGAUUUUGAGCUACAAUCAAUCGAAAAGCAGUUACCGUCAUGGGAAAAAUUGCUCGAGUUUCUUCAAUCUCGUUGUAGAUGUUUGGAAAAUAUAGAACACGAAAGCAAGGUUACCCAAGUCUCAAACCACGGUGCUCGCCAACAAGCAACCAGUAAAGCAUUUCCUGUCAGUGUUGUUUCAGCCAAACCAAACACAACUUGUUUCGUUUGCAAGGGUGCGCACUAUUUGAGUCGCUGUGAACAAUUUCUGAAGCUAGUCCCAGUUGAUCGAUUUUCAAAGGUGAAAAGUUUUGGUCUUUGCUUGAAUUGCUUUAGCAACAAACAUAGAGUGGCAGAUUGCAAGUCCAGCUCAUGUCGUAAAUGUGCACAUCGACAUCAUACCUUAAUUCAUGAAUCUGAACCGAACCCAGUAAACGCUGGUGCUUCGUCUUCCACGACAAACACACUUGUUAGUGUUGUACCAUCAUUAACCACCACCCCACAAUAUGUUCUCUACACAGCUGUGGUGCAGAUUGAGGAUGAGUACGGGAACUCCACACAAUGUAGAAUAUUACUCGAUUGUGGAUCGAUGCAUAAUUUGAUCUCCACGAGCAUAGUAAACGCGUUACGUAUACGCAAAUUCAGUACAAAUAUAAGCAUAGAAGGUGUAUCUGGAACACCAAAAUUGAUUAAGAACAUGGUUGGAGCACGGAUUCGCUCAAUCUCUAAUAAAAAUGUUUCGAUGAACCUGAACUUCCUAGUGAUGAAACGAGUCACAUCCGAUUUACCAAUACGAUCAUUUCCUAUCGAUCCCGGAUAA